ACUCCCUAAGAGCACGCCGCAUGUUUUCAUUUAUUAUUUGUUUUGCUUUGCAAUCAAAUUGUUUAAAAAUACAUUUAAGGAAUUGGAAAUGAAGCGAUUAGCCGGAAAGAAGGACGAGGACAUCGCGGAGCCCUUGGCCAAAAAGCGACUGCAAGCCAAGGCGAAUUCCCUGCUAAAUGCCAAAAAUGUGGACAUCAAAACGCUCGAGGGAUUCGUUAAACUGCUGAAGGAUAGCCCUGAUAAUGGUGUGCCAGCUGGAGAAGUGAUGAAUGUCCUGGAGGUGAUAUUCAAGAACCUGCUUAAACGAAUAACACGCGAGGGUGAUGAAAAACAGGCCCUGAAAAUCCACAAAUUAUACGAGGAAACCUGGUUGCUCUUGAGGGAGAACCUUCUAGUGGAUUCAGAGGGUGCCGUGGCCCUGAAAGUGUGCAUGCAACUCAUCAAAGUGGAGGCCAAACAUCCAAUUGCACCCAGAAAAGGUUGGCCCACCCACAGGAUCCGGGAAAUUCUGGACACCCUCUUGAAUUCCGAGGAAACACCCACAAAUGCGCUCGCAAACUACGGGAAAUACUGCAAAAAUUUGGAUGUAUUGGAGAUUACUCUCAAGCAAAUACUGGAGCUAGUGCCCAAGGAUGACUUUAAGGACAUCCCGGUGAAGGCAAUGAACUUCCUGUCCAUUGUAAAUCUUCUGGAUUUUGGAAAAACGGUGCUAAGCACUGCGGAUUAUCAUGUGGAAAGCGCGAAAUCCCAUGCUUUUAAUUUGGAGCAAAACCAGAAGAGAUUAAACAACCUCUGGCUGGCUAUAAUGACGAAAGGCAGCGAAGUGGAAGAGAAGCUGCACCGCCAAAUAUUGGUGGUUCUGCUAGAGCGCGUCAUCAACCACCUGAACGAUCCCAUCCAGCUGACUGACUUUCUCAUGGACUCGCUGCAUCAGUUUGAUGGCCCCAUCGCCCUGCUAGCUCUCCAAGGCAUCUUCACGCUGAUGCAAAAGCAGAACAUCACCUAUCCGGAUGUGUACGAGAAGCUGUACAAUAUGUUCUAUCCCCGGAUGUUCUUCAACAAGUACAAGGCUCGUCUGUUUUACCUGGCCGACAUCUUCCUGACCUCCACUCACUUGCCGGAGAAUCUGGUGGCGGCAUUUGUGAAGCGCCUCGCCCGUUUGGCCCUGCAGUCGCCCACCGAAGAUGCCGUGAUUAUGAUCCGCUUCGUUUGCAAUCUAUUAUUGCGGCACACGGGGCUCCAGAAAUUGAUUCGCGCCAGUCACGCGAUCGAUGAAGUCAGCGAUCCUUACAACGACUCGGAAACGGAUCCCGUGAAAUCCGAGGCCAUCAAUAGUUCGCUGUGGGAGAUUACGCUGCUGCAGAAGCACGUUGUUCCGGAGGUGGCCAAUGCUGCCCGGUUCAUCAACUCCUCGCUGCCCAUCAUGGAAUUCGAUUUGGGACCGCUUUUGGACAGGAAAGAGUGCAACAUUUUCGACGACGAAUUGCAAUCGAAGGCCAAGCAGUUUGCCCUGAACUAUGAGCGACCCGCCAACUUGGCCCUGCCCAAAAACGAGUUCGUCACCAAGUACUGGGAGUUCAUCUAGAUUAGUGUUUUAAUAUGCUAAGUUUAAGCAGGAUUAAAGUGCGGCCUGUGUGGCUGCUGAUGGCCCAACUCGGCCCGAAACCAA